CGCUCAUCCAGCAUUCGAUUGGUCACUUCAACACCUCAUCAUUAUCGUCCUUUAAGGGAGCUGCGUAGCAUAUAAGCAGGCUACGACAGCGCAAUCCGCCCACCAUGACCUCCCCUUUACCCCCAUCCUCCUUCGCCCGUCAUCUCCCCCUCGCCCGCCUCUCGACCCACGACCCUCGAAUAGUUCAAGUCCUCACAUCCCCACCCUCGCAUCUUACACAGGGUGAUUUUGGUCUCAAGGCUCCCCUUAGAGCCGCAGUCGCUCCUGGACGCAAGGUCGGGGAGGUGAGGUAUGUCCAGGUCAGGGAACAGGAUAGGGCAGCAAGUGUCGGUGCUGGUGUUGGGAAAGCGGGGGCGAGAAGUGGCGGUGGGCCAAGUUGGAGAGAGCGGGAGCAUGAAGUGCUCUUGUUGAAGCGAUGGCAAGAGGCCGGAGUGGCCGUCCGACCACAAGGGUACGAAGGGAGCAGCUUCUACGGAGGUGAUGAUGGAUUGGGGAGUGGUCUCGAGGGCAACGGUGGUCCCAAUCCGUACGAACGUCGUGCUCGUGAGCUGCGAGCAAGUCGGGUCAGCGCGGCUACUGGCAACCCCUCGACGUCAUCGAGUGGCAAUGCAGCGGCUCAACCACCUAUUCCCGUAUCGCGAUUCGAUCGCUCCUCCCGCCGGGCUCUUCCCACCGACACCACCGGCACUGCGAAGCUCAGCGCAAAGCGAGCAGAAGACGAAGUCAGCGCACUCCUGAGCUCUGCGUCGCUGCGCUACUCAUCAUCCGCCUCGCGUCUACCAAACUAUGCGCUACUCCCAGAGAAGGACUUCCAACGCUUGCUCGACAUCGUCAGGGAGCACAGAGGCGAGUUCCUCGGAGGGCUCUACGCUGCCUUGGGGGAAAAGGCCAGGAGGACCAAGCUCCAAGCCGCUUGCGAAGCGUACGAUGCACAAAGUGAGCCGCAAGGCAGCAGACCGACGCUGGAUGACUUCCCUCUCGAGGCCGAGGUCGCAGAGCUCAGGCAGCAACAAGCCCAUCACUCCUCCGAGGGUGGUGAAGGGGAUGCAGAACGUCUCCUAGUGGACAUGUUCGAUCUCGCCCGCUCUCGCGUAGCAUCAGUAGAAGCAUCUGCCUAUUUGCGCUCCUUCCUUUCCUCGCGCGGCCUAUCCGACUUGGACGCGACCAGCACACAGCUGCCCGAUGUAGAUGUGCGCAUCAAUGGACGAGGAGCAGAACAGCUCGACACCGACGGCAAUGCUUCACGUAGCACGCGCUCGCAUCCACUUGGAGGUCUGCAAUACUCGCAACCAGACAGGAUCUUCAGCGCCACCCUCUCCCCCGCCUUGCCCGGCCGUGUCAUCGGGACCAAGAGCAAUCGCGGCCUCUACGGUAAUCGCGCUGGAGGUUCAGCACGAGACGGUGCCCUUCUCGUCGCCUCUGGCUCUCGAGUUUUUGAGGCACGAAAGACGUACAGCAAGGGGAGCUCCAUUUACGAUUCUACGGGCUUCUCACCGCGACAAGGAACGGGGCUUUGGAGACUGUUCGAUGCCAAGAUGGUCGCGGAAAAUCCCUCUGCGAGCAAUCUGGUGGAGCGACGCGUGUCGGACAAGAAGGCUGCAUGGGACCGUGAGCGCGGCUGGUCCCUUGCUGAGCUCGGUCUCGGGUAUGUGAGGGCGAGCGCGAGGGAUGUCUUGGGUAGUGAGGGGAAGAAAAAUCAGUACGCAGCGAAUUUCAGUGGGAAUGAGACACAAGAGGAGGGAGAGAAGGCUCGCGCUGCCUCUGCUUGGAAUCGCCUGCCUGGUAGCCCGGCUUGGGUUGGGGACAGGAGCUUCUCGGAGCAUGAGGAUGCGCAGAGGGCGAAGAUGAGGAGCAGCUUUGGUUCGCGUGGGCUAGGUGGCGCCAGUGGGACUGCGGGAUCCGGCCUCUUUGGUCGUGGUCGCUAUUCCUCGCCGAACGGCCAGAACAGCAAUGCGGGACCGAACGACCAGUUGAGCGGGCAGUUGGCGGCGCAUGCCGGUAAGGGCAGUAACAGGAUCAAUGUCUCGAGGAGGAGGGCGCAGGAUGCUCAGGGAGAGGACAAGUCGAGCGCGGAUGACGAUGUCUCGACUCUGCUUGGUCUGGGUGGGAGCAACAAGCGCUCGUGA